AUGGAAACCUCUGAGGAUGAAAUUGAGACGGAACCACGUCUUCCAUACGCCUACAAACUGAUACGCAAAAUCGGUGAAGGAACGUACGGUGCUGUGUAUCUGUCAGAGUUCAACUCUCAAAAAUAUGCACUCAAGAAAAUUCUUAAUACGAACGCAGAGGAUGGUCUGCCCGUGAUGCUCGUCAGAGAAAUAAAAAUCCUGAAAAUGGUUGAACAUCCUAAUAUAAUAAAGUUAGUGGAUAUAGCAGUUGUAGAUAAUGACCACGGAGUACUACCCGGAAAAGCGGUGUUCCUGGUUUUUGAUUACGUUGAAAACGACCUCUUACGGCUCACAAUGUCUAAAAAAUAUGAGGAACAUGAAAUCAGAAAAGUUAUCGGGCAAAUACUCACAGGUGUAAGGUUUUUGCACAGCCGAAACAUCAUGCACAGGGAUAUUAAGACAAGUAACAUUCUCAUAGAUUGUGAUUUAAACGUUAAAAUAGCAGACUUUGGGCUGAGCAAGCACAUGAAUGAUAGCGAUGCCGUUUACUUCAGCGAUGAGAAUAAUGCUGAUGACAACCCCGUGGAGAACAACCUGACAGCAAACGUUGUUACCCUAUGGUACAGAGCACCAGAGAUACUACUAGGCGAGAGCUAUUCCUAUAAGAUUGAUAUUUGGUCAAUAGGCUGCAUACUAAUGGAAAUGGUAUUGAAUGCAAACGUGAUGAAAGGAAGGAAUGUGGAUGAUCAGCUGAAAAGGAUAAAGCGUGUAUUGGCACGUCUUGGAGGGUAUUUUGCCGGUCGGAGUCGGAAACUGUACGAACUGGGAGGCGGUUUGUUGGGAUAUUUUGAGGAAGAAAGGUUCAGCGCGGAGGAAGCAUUGAAAUGUGAGUUUUUUAAUGAACAAGAGGCAAAGGGAAGGAAAAGGUUUACAGAUAGGGAACAAACCAAGAAGUGA